GGUCAUCUGAGCGCGGCGGAAGCGGAGUGUUUUCGCCGUAAAGUCGCGCCGGCGCUCAUUGAAUGAGACCCAAACAGAAGCGGAGCGAAUUUAAACCGAAUUAAUCCUAAACAAACCGAAUUAGCCCUACACUUAACGUUUAUAUCGGUUUAUACUCCGGUUCUAAGGCUCAGAACGAGAGUAAAUCAACCGGACUCGCGCUGGAGGACAUCCGGACUACAGUCUUGAAUUCAUACGGAAGAGUGUGUGCACUCCCCUGGUUGCCGUGUUUGUUAGCUUGUUAGCACUGAGUCAGGCUGGCGCAGGUAGUGGGCUGCUCGUGGACCAUGAGGGACAGUGCUAGCGGCCUAGCACAGCCCCACUGGCCCGACGAACUAACACUAACGACGGAUGACGAUGGUUCGGCCAGCGGGGGCGCUAUAGGAGGAGGGCACCUGUUGAACCCUGCUGCGGGUCAAUACGUACCCAGCCCAGCUCAGCUCAAACUGGGCCGCGGAGUUCAGGACGCUAGCAUGUGGAGAGCGGAGUACAUCGUCCCUGACGAAGAGGAGGACGAGGAGCUGGACGGAGAUGAAGAUGAGGAAAUGGAGGAAGACCUGGAGGAAGACCUGGAAGAUGACGAUGAGUUGAGUUUUCGUGAAAAUGACGAAAGUGAAGGAGAUUACGGGUUGCUAGCGGCGGCCUUGCGGCCAGUGCACGACCAGGUAGGCCUCAAAGCCAGGGACUUUCCUGACUACCCCUCCCAGGUCUGGCCCACUGAGCUGGGGUUAGUCCAACAGGUGCGUUGGGGUCACAGGAACCGGAGGUUUCCAAGCAUUCGGUUCCAGCUAGCGCAGCAGUGGAGAACCUGGCGACAGAAGGCGAGGUGGGCGGGGUGUGUAGGGUUCCGACGGUCUCGCUGGAGGACCAGGAGGAGACGCCGAGAGAGGGCGCUGUUGCACACAGAGAACCACACAGGAGAUGGAGACGAUGCAGACUGCGGCGUGAACAGGUUCUCUGCGAGUAGAGACGGUAAAGGGUCGGUUCCGCCGGACGGUGACGGACAGAACUCGCCCUGUGGUCUCCCAGCGACUCGCGACCGGGCCAACCCUCAGAACCAGCUGAGCAGUGAACACAUCUCCUGUGUACAAGGUAUCCUGGAUGAGUUCCUGCAGCAGUACGGCAGUUUGAUCCCCAUCCACGUGGACGAGGUGGUGGAGAGACUGCAGGGUGUCUUCAGUGAGAGCUUCUCCAGCCCACACAGGAAGGUGAUGGUGCAGCACCUGAUGCAGUCGUAUCAGCGCAUGUCUGGAACGGCGAUGAUGAAGGACUUCCGGGUGAACUACAAACGCCACGUUCUGACCAUGGACGACCUCAGCACACUGUACGGCCAGAACUGGCUCAACGACCAGGUGAUGAACAUGUAUGGAGAUUUAGUAAUGGAUGCAGCUCCCGACAGGGUUCAUUUCUUUAACAGUUUCUUUUAUGAUAAGUUGAGGACAAAAGGAUACGAAGGUGUCAAACGGUGGACCAAAAAUGUGGACAUUUUCCAGAAGAAGUAUCUGCUGAUCCCCAUCCAUCUGGAGGUCCACUGGUCUCUGGUGUGCGUCAACGUUCCAGACAGAACCAUCACCUACUUUGACUCUCAGAGGACCCUCAACCGCCGCUGCCCCAAGCACAUCGCCAAGUACCUGCUGGCCGAGGCCAUCAAACGAGACCAGAGAGACUUCUACACCGGCUGGAGGGGCCUGUUCAAAAUGAACGUGGCUCGGCAGAAUAAUGACAGUGACUGUGGAGCGUUUGUUCUCCAGUACUGUAAGUGCCUGGCGUUGGAGCAGGAGUUUGGGUUUGGGCAGCAGGACAUGCCGAAGUUGAGGAGGUUGAUGUAUAAGGAGUUGUGUCAGUGCAAGCUGUCCCUGUGAGGACGCUGUCCCUGUGAGGACGCUGUCCCUGUGAGGACGCUGUCCCUCGGCGGCGUCCCCUGGUUGCGGACGCCGCGGCGGGUUCUGUUCUCUGUUUCUGUGGUUUUGUUUAUUGGUUUAUUUCCUGUUUACCGGGACGAGACGGACACGGACAGUCUUACUAGGUGCCGCCAUUUCUAUGGCUUUUCUUUUUGUAUUUUUUGUUAUAAUUAUUAUUGUUAUUAUUAUUAUUAUUAUUAUUAUUAUUAUGGCUAUUGUUCUAGUUUUUUCUUUUGUGUUGAUGUUGAAGAUGGUUACUCGUACGCUAAUCGCUGAAAGACUUGCGUACGUAAGUAUGAUCUAACGAAGAAAAAUCCGUCUGAAUUCCUCGAGGACGGAGCGGACCACGGCGCCAUGUCCCCGUUUCUGUUCGGUCACUAUUGUUUGUGGUUGCUGUGUUUGUGAUCACCAUGGCAACAGAGCGACUGUAAAUUAAACCAUUUUAUAUCUUUUCAGAGGCAAAAAGUUGUGUAUGUGUACUGAUGUGAAUAAAACGAAUAAAUCACGAGUUACACACUGAA